AUGGAGACUUCUCGAUCAGAUCAAACCCAUACAAAUGCGACUAUGCCGACAGCCUCCGUUGGGCGUGGCGAACUAGGCUUAAGCCAUGCGCAAACCCAUGUACAACCCGAUGAUUACCUCGAUCUCCCGAUCCGCGAAGUCAACGAUAGCGCCGAUUUACGUGAAUAUCUCACCGAGACGAGGACAGGUGAAAUCAUCAAGCCGGUUAAGUCCAAUGCUACUGGCAAAAUCGAGGACUGGAAGAUGGUGACCUUCACCAUCGACGAUCCCGAGAACCCCAAGAACUGGUCGAAGGCAUACAAGUGGUACUGUACCAUGGUGGUCGCCUUCACCUGCUUUGUCGUCGCAUUCUGCAGUAGUGUCAUCACAGCCGACGUUGAGGGACCCAUGGAGGAAUUCGGCGUCGGUCGUGAAGUCAGUUUGCUUGUUAUCACGGUUUUCGUUAUUGGAUUUGGUCUUGGCCCCAUGGUCUUUGCUCCAAUGUCAGAGAUCUUCGGACGUCGACCUGUCUACGCUUCGACCCUUGCACUCGCUGUUAUCUUUGUCAUCCCGUGUGCUGUUUCCAAGAACAUUGGAACUCUCAUCGUCUGCCGUUUGAUCGACGGAAUCGCCUUCAGUGCCCCCAUGACUUUGGUUGGUGGUACUCUGGCCGAUUUGUGGAAAAGCGAGGAGCGUGGUGUCCCAAUGGCAGCAUUCAGCGCUGCUCCCUUCAUUGGUCCAGCCAUCGGCCCACUUGCUGGUGGAUUCCUGGCUGACAACUGUGGUUGGCGCUGGCUUUACUGGCUCCAGCUUAUUCUCUCCUUUGUGGCCUGGAUCAUGAUCAGCUUUACUGUCCCUGAGACCUACGCACCAAUUUUGCUGAAGAAGCGAGCCCAGAAGCUUCGCAAGUCCGAGAACGACGACAAGUUUACCACCGAAACCGAGCUCGACCCUCGCCCCAUGGGUGAGAAGUUGCGCAUCUUCCUUUUCCGUCCCUUCCAGCUUCUGUUCCUCGAGCCCAUUGUCUUGUUCAUCUCUCUCUACAUGUCGGUCAUUUAUGGCUUGCUGUACAUGUUCUUCGUUGCCUACCCAAUUGUUUACCAGGGUGGUAAGGGAUGGAGUGCGUCCAACACCGGCCUCAUGUUUAUUCCUCUGGCCAUUGGUGUGGUUCUGAGCGCAUGCUGUGCUCCUUUUGUCAACAAGCACUAUCUCAAGAUGUCUGCGGCAUGCGGUGGCAAGCCCCCAGCCGAAAAGCGCCUGAUUCCCAUGAUGUGGGCUUGCUGGUGUGUUCCCUCUGGUCUUUUCAUCUUCGCUUGGACCUCAUACCCCCAUAUCCACUGGAUGGGACCGGCAAUGGGAGGCUUCCUGAUUGGAUUCGGUAUUAUCUUGCUCUACAACUCUGCCAACAACUACCUUGUUGAUACCUACCAGCACCAAGCAGCAUCUGCUCUCGCAGCCAAGACCUUCAUCCGCUCUAUCUGGGGUGCCUGCACUGUUCUCUUCACAGAGCAAAUGUACGAGCGUCUGGGCGACCAGUGGGCCAGCUCGCUUCUUGCAUUCAUCGGCUUGGCUUGCUGCGCCAUUCCAUACGUAUUCUACUUCAAGGGAGCGUCCAUUCGUCGUUUCUCGAGAUUCGCCUUCCAUGACGAUGAGGAGAACGCUACCAAGCCUGUCAAGGCAUAA